GGUACUCUAAAAAAUCUACACAGAGCAAUAAGCAACCUGAGAGUGCUCGUGUGACACAAAGCCCAGAGGACUAAUGCUGACAUGACUUAAGAGAGCUAACUUGGGUGCAAUUUUAGAAAAUAACGCUUUGUGUGACUAAACGUCAAUUUGGGGGUAUUUUACUCCUGGAAUAUUCCUUACAAGUUGCUGCUUAAUUCAGUUUAAUCUCAUGGCGACUCCAAAACGACUUGGGCGACAGAAAUUACAAUUGCCAACCUCUUAUUAUGAAGGCUUUCUCGAGGUUAGGGCUUUGAAAGAUACGGCAUCACGACGACUGUGGACAUGCCUCUGUGGGGAUGCCCUAUUUUUCUUCAACAGCAGUAAAGAGAACCAGUAUGUGGAGAAGCUGGAGGUCAGCACCUUUAUCUCCAUCUCGGACGACUCCAUUCCAGACAAGAACCUGAACACCGCCGGGCUUGUCAUCCACACCAAGAACGAUGAUAUCAGACUGACGGCACCUAGUCUGGAGUCGCGGGAGUUGUGGAAAGGCUUCAUCCUCACGGUGAAAGAGCUCUCCGUGCCCAAGUCUCUGAACCUGCUACCAGGUCAGGUGCACAUGAUGAGGGAGGCGGUGGAUAAGGAGAUGGAGAGACGCGGGGCGCUCACGUCCUCCACGCCCCCCCCACCCAUUCCCACAAAGUUUACAACUGAAGCCACGUCUCCUCUCUACCUCCCAGUGGUGUCGGAAAUGCCAGCCUGUUUUGAGACGGUGUCACGCACAGAGGCAGAGAUUCUUCUGGAAAGGAACCCAGACAAAGGCAACCUGCUACUGAGGCCAGGCAGAGACGGAACCUCUUUUGCCGUCACCACACGCCAAGACCUCAAUGGGUCUGUGUUCAAGCACUAUCGCGUCAGCAGGAAGUCGGACGGUGGAUUUUACAUCGAUGUCGAGAAACCAAUUCACUGUGCGACAUUGCAUGAUGUUGUCAGCUGUCUGGUGGUCAAGACAGCUGGAGCGUUGCAGCCCUUUAUACUGGAUGAGCCCUAUGAGGAGAAUAUCACGUUUGUCCAGGCCAAUCAAGAGAAUGGAGAGAAGAGUAUGCAAUCGGUUUCUCCUCAUCUUAAAUCCCCCUCCAUACCAGAGCGUGAGCCAAGCCCAGAGGCAGACUUUGAGGAGAACUUGUACCUCAACCCAGAUGACGAGGUUGAGGAGAAUGAGGAAGUUCCACUACCGAGAAUGGAGACUCCACCACCUAAACCCCUGCCACGGCAAAAAGUUAACCGUGGUCCGUUGAUUCAUCAACAUACUCUGCCUGCUGAUUUGAGAAGCAUUUCAGGACCUGGGAGAACGGCUCUGAAACCCCCGAAACCGCUCCCUGCUCUACCUCGGGGAGUCCACCCCUCUUUCACCCCGGGAGUUGCAGGUGCAAACGCACAGAUUAACAACCUGCAGAGCUUAGCACUCACCUCAGAGCUUCAACGGAAACUGGAGCAGAGGCGUGCCAAAGAAUCCUGACUCGCUGUGGUGGAUAGUGGAGAUUCUGGCUGAAGCGUCCUGGGACCCGACCGUGGCUCACCCAUUUACAACCCCCUCUC